AUGAGCGGCACCGGUUUGGACCCCGAGCGCGAGCACGCCCUGGACGAGUACAAGGCCAAGCUGCUGGAGUCGAGGGAGUGGGAGGCCAAGCUCAAGGCCCUGCGCCUCGAGAUCAAGGGCCUGCAGCGCGACUACGACGUGUCCGAGGAGAACAUCAAGGCCCUGCAAAGCGUCGGCCAGAUAAUAGGAGAGGUGCUGAAGCAGCUGGACGAAGAGAGAUUCAUCGUCAAGGCCUCGUCCGGCCCGCGCUAUGUCGUCGGCUGCCGGUCAAAGGUCGACAAGGCCAAGCUGAAGCAGGGCACUCGCGUUGCGCUGGACAUGACGACCCUGACAAUCAUGCGUAUGCUUCCCCGUGAGGUCGACCCGCUCGUCUACAACAUGUCGUUGGAGGACCCCGGCCAGGUCAGCUUCGGCGGCAUCGGUGGCUUGAAUGAGCAAAUCAGAGAGCUACGCGAAGUCAUCGAGCUCCCUCUGAAGAACCCAGAGCUCUUCCUUCGUGUAGGGAUCAAGCCGCCCAAGGGUGUCCUGCUGUACGGCCCCCCCGGUACAGGAAAGACGCUUCUGGCGCGUGCUGUGGCGAGCAGCUUGGAGACAAACUUCUUGAAGGUCGUUUCAUCCGCAAUCGUCGACAAGUACAUCGGCGAGUCCGCCCGUCUCAUCCGCGAGAUGUUCGGUUACGCCAAGGAGCACGAGCCCUGCAUCAUCUUCAUGGACGAAAUCGACGCCAUCGGCGGAAGGAGAUUCUCGGAGGGCACAUCUGCAGAUCGCGAGAUCCAGCGGACGUUGAUGGAGCUGCUCAACCAGCUGGACGGCUUCGAUUACCUGGGCAAAACCAAGAUCAUCAUGGCCACCAAUCGGCCUGACACUCUAGACCCUGCGCUUCUGCGUGCUGGACGUCUAGACAGGAAGAUCGAGAUCGCUCUGCCCAAUGAGGUGGGCCGCUUGGAAAUCAUGAAGAUCCACGCUGCCAGCGUGCAGACAGAGGGAGAAAUUGACUUCGAGAGCAUUGUCAAGAUGAGUGACGGCUUCAACGGUGCCGACUUGCGGAACGUUGUCACCGAAGCUGGCCUGUUCGCCAUCAAGGACUAUCGCGAUGCCAUCAAUCAGGACGAUUUCAACAAAGCGGUGCGGAAAAUGGCCGAGACGAAGAAACUGGAGGGCAAGCUGGAGUACCAGAAGCUCUAA